AUGGCGAAAGGCGGCAAGAAGGGCUCGCUCAAGGCCGCGCUCGCGUCGCAGCAGACGCGGCUGAAGAAGAAGAAGGAGGUCGAGCAUGCGGCGCAGCACGAGGAGCGCAUCAAGGCCGUCGUGCAGGCGAAGGCGAAGGAGAAGGGGAAGGCGGCCCCUCUGCGCCCGACCAUCCCCUUCACCGCCACGGACAACAUUUUGCUCAUAGGAGAGGGGAACUUCUCGUUUGCGCGCGCGCUUGCGCUACACCCUCCGCCGGAGCUUGAGUUUCUCCCGGCGUCGAAUAUCAUCGCAACAGCCUACGAUUCGGAAGAAGAGUGCUAUGCAAAGUAUCCUGAGGCCAAGGAGAUCGUCGCGGCGCUACGAGAAAAAGGCGUCAUUGUGCUUUUCCGUGUCGACGCUACAAAACUCGAAAAAGUCUCCGCACUGAAGGAGCGCACGUUUGACCGUAUUGUGUGGAACUUUCCUCACGCAGGGAAAGGCAUCGCCGACCAGGACCGUAACAUCCUCUCCAACCAGCUGUUGCUGCUCGGAUUUCUGCGCUCCGCCGCGCCGUUCCUCACAAAGGGACCCAUCCCCGUCGUAAACAAGUCUCGCAAGCGGAAACGAGAUCCCGACGAUGAUGGCCCGGAGGAAGACGAGGCCGAGGAUACAGCUGACACGGACCGCAGGAACAGGGGCACCAUUCUCAUCACUCUGCGUAAUGUCGCUCCGUAUACGUUGUGGGACGUUCCCAAGCUCGCAAAAAAUCCUCCUCUACCGACUACGACUGGCGAGGAACCCAAUCCACGAUACAAACAGCUACGAUCGUUCGUGUUCCAUCGAGCAGCCUGGAAAGACUAUGAACACCGCAUGACCAAGGGCGAGCGAGCCCAUGGAACGGGCAAGACGGGAGAGGGGGGAGAGGAUCGCACAUGGGAGUUCUGUAUAGCGCCAAUACGCAAGCAAUGA